AUGGAAACAGUUUCAGAUAUGGCUGCGGCACCGAACGCCUACGCCCGCGCUAUGCAAACGGCCAUGUACGUGCGCCAACAGCUGCCAGAGGCUCUGCAGUACCCCAAGGUAGCCAUUGUGUGCGGCUCUGGACUUGGUGGACUGGCCGACACAAUCGAGGCGGAACCGAAAGUCGAACUGGCUUAUGGCACCAUUCCAAACUUUCCCAAGAGUACUGUUGUGGGACAUGCUGGAAAGUUUGUGUUCGGUCAGAUUGGGCCUCAGAAGACGCCUGUAGCGCUUCUUGUUGGACGGGCACAUUUCUAUGAAGGACACUCGAUGGACCUUGUCACAUUCGCUACUCGAGUGUGCAAAUUGCUCGGUGUCGAGACUAUGAUCGUCACGAACGCAGCCGGUGGGCUCAACCAGACUUACCGCGUAGGAGACAUCGUAUGCUUGAACGACCAUCUCAAUAUGGCUGGACUGGUGGGCAUCCAUCCUCUGCGCGGACCCAAUAUCGAGGAGUUUGGCACACGGUUCCCACCUCUGUCAGAUGCGUACGACCUCGACUUGAGGGUGCGGACGCACAAGGCCUGGGCAAAACUAGGACUGGAUAAACAGGAGCGACGGCUACACGAGGGUGUGUACGCGUUUGUGGCAGGACCAACUUACGAAACUCGUGCAGAAUGCCGAAUGCUCAGCACGCUAGGAGCUGAUGUAGUGGCAUUCAGUCUAGUUACCAAUGUGGCUGUGCUUGAGGCAGGCGCCCGUGGCAACGAUGCGGAGAUCCAGACCAUGAACAGGGCGGAACUGACUGAGCAUUUGAGCCAAGGUAAGGCAAACCACGAGGAGGUACUGGAGGCCGGACGGGAGGCAGCGAAGGACAUGCAAGCCCUGGUCAAGCAGAUCUUGUCCGAUCUUCACGGCCAAUGA